AUGGUUGAGCUCAAGCCCAUUUUCAGGAAGGCCUACUGGUCUCUGGCCGCUGGUGGUCUGAUCUAUGUGCUCUUUAUCUGCGCCUUGACUUUCCCAGAGGUUCAACGUUUUUGCCUCUAUGCCAAUAAGAUCAACCCCAGUCUGUGGCAGGAUGUGAACCUCGUCGAGCAAUUUGGGUUCCUAAGGACCCAAGUUCAGCCUUUCAAUUUGGUGACACCUGAUAACGAAACGAUCUACGGGUGGCACCUGAUCCCCUUGCAUCUUUGCCAUGAGCAUGAAGAGGAGCUGAUGGAAAAUGCUGCGUCGGGUCCAGCAGAUGAUUAUACCCAAACGACUGCCUUUAAACUCCUUGCCAAUGACCCAAAUGCACGAGUUGUUGUAAACUUCCACGGCAAUGCGGCUCACCUGGGCUCUGCUCAACGCCCUGCCACUUACAAUACACUGCUCAGCCUCUCUAGCCCUUCCAACCCAGUUCAUGUCUUUUCCAUUGACUACCGUGGAUUCGGCGUGAGCACUGGUAGCCCCACAGAAGAGGGUCUUAUCACAGAUGGUGUGACUCUGAUUAACUACCUUACAGCAGGACCAUUGAAGAUCUCACCUUCGCGCAUUGUCCUUAUGGGCCAGAGUCUUGGGACUGCUGUUACAGCUGCAGUAGCUGAACGCUUUGCAUUUGGAUCGCCUGACCCUAAAGCUAUUCAACCAGCCAUAAAGAAUGCCGAGCCUUUCGCUGGCGUCGUCCUUUUGGCAUCAUUUGGUAGCGUGACCAGCGUCAUUGAAAAUUAUAGCCUCAAGGGUAUCACACCUCCAAUGUUAUCCCCUCUUAUGGGAUAUCCUCGCUUCCAGAGAUGGGUGUUGAGUCAUAUCGUGGACCACUGGGACACAGUUGGAAGAGUGGCGCGUCUCACUGGCGUUGAACCAGCAGAGGCAGACGCUUCUGGUGUGAAGUAUACCGACAAGAGUCUUUAUCUGACAAUUGUUCAUGCGAUGGAUGAUGUCGAAAUACCUUGGUAUGAAGGACGCCGUGUAUGGGUGGCUGCCACUGGCGAAAACAUUCCAGGUGCUCCUGGUGGCUUGAUAUAUCACAAAGUUGAAAGGGACAACCCAAGCGAAAUUAAAGUCUGGAAAAAUCCAGUCAGUAGUGAGGUUUUGAAGACAGUUAGGUGGGAACGGGUGGGACACGGCGGUCAUAACCGUGUUGCAUCGGCUUCGGUGGCUGGUCUCGCCGUACUAAGGGCUUUUGAGGAGUGA